AAACAAACAAGUUGUAGUUUGCCGGAGUGCUUUUUUUUUUCACUAGGUAUCGAUUUAUUUGUUCUAGGCUCCAUAAAAGAAUAAAUUAGCAAAAUCGUGAUGACUGUCCUUACAAAGCCGAGUCUUAUUAUUAAAAAGGCUGAUGUGACGGAGGCGCCUCUUGUUGACGACAACGUUUGCGAUGAAGAGAAGAUCGACAUCCACCCAGCAGGGGUGCCGUACGUGCGUUCCCGUUCCUCCGGCGGGCUGAUGUGCAUGUCUCUCACUGCCCUGAUGAUGGCUGCCGUCGGCAUCAUCUGCGGCCUGCUGCUGUACAGGCAGUAUCUGCACACCAACGCCGUGAGGCGGUACCAGGGGUUCUGUACCAUCCCCAUGGACGCUAGGCAGCAAGCCCAGCUCCGUUGGCGGGCGGAUCCCGAUGUGCAGGUGUUCAGCACCCUUGAAGACAGUAGCGACUCAGAGGGCACGCUGCUUGAGAGGUUCGACAUCGGCGACAACUACGAGAAGGUGAUGGUCAUAGACAACGGCCAUAACUUCGAGUUUAUUCACGACUUCAACGUCAAUCUUACAGGCAUCGUGGAAGAGGCCCGCUGCUUCAUGAUGAGCCUGGAGCCGUCGCUGGUGCUGCCGCCGGCGCGGCUGGCGGCGGGGCUGGCGGCGGGCGCGCGCUUCGACGUGUCGCGCGUGCGCAGCGCGCUGCGCGCCGAGCCCGCCGCGCCCGCCGCCGCGCGCGCCGCGCUGCUGCUGCUGGACGCCUGCCUCGACAAGCCCGUCUACAUGCUCAAGCAGGACGACAACGUGCAAAUUCGCAAACGCUCCGCCGACGAGCCGCCGCACGAGUUCAUCCAGUUCUCCGGCAAUCACGUGCAGGAGAUCGAGAUCGGCAACAUGGACGAGAUCCUCGCUUACGAGAAGGCCCAGGGCCGCGCCGCGCUCGCCACCCGAGUGGCCUUCGUGGACUCCCCGCCGGCCCCGGGGCAGGCCCGUUUGACCCCGGGGGAGCCCCACUUGGCCCCGCAGGACUCCCGCCUGGCCCGUGAAGAUUCCCCGCUGGCCCCGGAGCGGGCUCCGCUGGCCCUGCCGAUGGAGUCUCCCGCUCGCUAGGCGGAGGGAAGUUUCCGAAUGGCGUAGGUAUUAUAGGCUAUGAUUAUUCCUAGUAGGGGAUACAUUUUGUCGUUAUAACCUCUUAUAGUUAGGCCCAGAUAUGGUGUGCGAGUAUGGCCGUCGGUUGAUGGUGACAAAAUUUAUUUUUGAAAAUGUGUAUUCAAAAUUGAUCUCAAAUGAAAUUACAUAGUCUGGCGAGACUUUACGAAAGACUUGAUUUAAUUUGGUCCAAAAUUGUGCAAGUACCUUAAAAAUGAAGAUGCUAUUAAUUUCCAUUAAAAAAAAUGGAAUAAUAAUUGUUUUUUUUCUGUCAAUGUAUAAGUCCAAAGUAUAUUCAUUGGUAUUCGACAAUUCCAGCGUAGUUUAUUCUGAAGGUGCUAAAUUUGUGCUUAUACACCUUUAUUAUCAAAAUUUAUAAUUUCAAACAAAUAUUGCUAAAUUUUGAGAGACUAAACGCACAAAUGCAUUUGUAAACUUUGGGGAAUCUCAUAUUUUUUUAUUUGGUAAAUAGAUUUUUGGCGAAGGUGUAAAAAGAAUUUAAGGUUAAAAAAAAAUGUGGUAAAAGUUUGUUGGAUUCCUACGACCAUACAGCGGGAUAACUGUUAGUUUUAGUCCAAAUAUUUAGAUGUAAGCAUUAGCACUAAUGACUUAGUCAUUCUACUAAUCCAUAUAAGUUACCUAGUUUUGAGCACUUCAAGAUUUAUUUAAAUAACUAAAUCAAUUUAUUUCAAAGGAGGACAUCCUGUUAUGAAAUUUGUCUCAAAAGCGGUGGCUCUUUCAUAAAAUCAAAUAAACAAUCUUUAUUUUGGCAACAUUAUAUUCGUGAAUGCAUUUUUACUUGGAUAUAAAGGUCGCGGUCCGCAAACAUGGCAUGUAAUUGAUACGUUACAUGCUGUAAAAAAGGGGGAAGCUUUUAUGAUCUUUUUCAUGACAACCACCUUGUCAUUAGACAACACUACGUACAAUACGGCAUAUAGGUUGAACCAAGCUGGAGAAGGUCUGAUCUGAUAAAGAUUGUUUUGUGAUUUUUUUAUAAUAAUUUAAAGCAUAUAUUUUUCUCACGUCUUUGAGAGUCCCGGGUUUUUAGCGAGGAACUGGGAAUGUACUAACACUUUAUGAUAAAGACAUGAUUUACUACUUUCUAUUGCUUUAGAAACCUAUUUUUAUAUAUUUUAUGUGCUCUCUUUUUAAGGAUCUGUAAUUCAUUUUCAUUUUAUAUUUUAAGCGUAUUUUUUUCCCUGUCAGUAAAUGUUUUUGUCAAGUUUUAAAGCGCUUUGUAUAUGAAUAUUAUAGUCUUGAAAAUAAAUCUUGCAAAAUAAUUAUGAGAAAAUAUUUCAAAUUCUUUUACCCCAUUAUUGCAUUGCAAAUUACGUUUCUCCAUUUUUUUGUUAAGCAUUAUUGAUUAUUGUUUGCAUUAUAUAAUUUUAUAGUCCUUAGUCUGAGAUUAUUAUAUGUUACUUUUACUGAGAGGCUGCCCCAUCAUUACAAGCUUUUGUAGAACUAAUUAGUUAUCAAAAGUAUUACAUAUACUCAAAUAAAAGUAUUAUUUUAUUUCUAGUUUUGUGUUUUAAGUGCCAUUUCAUGCAUUUAGAAAAAAUCAUAUAUUUUUAAUUUUGUAGAACUAAGAUCUAGAAGAAAAAGAGGUUAUUAAAAGCUCCUUUUUACUUUAAAAUUUUAAUAAAAUACGUUUUGGAUCUCUUUUCGACUGUAUGUUGUUUUAAAAAUGACGAAUUAAUUUGGUUUUAUUUAAAGCUGAUUAUUCAACUUUAUUGCUAUUGCAUUAGUGAUCACAUAUUUUGAAAACAUAAUCCUAAGAAAUAGUUUUUAUUAGUUUUAUAAAUAUUUUUAAUUAUUUCCUCUCAACUGUAAUAAGUUUAUUGGAUUCUAAAUAAAAUAUAUUAAUUUACUGUUGUAUUAGUUUACUGUUAUUUUACCAUAUUAAUUUCGUGAGUUAAGAAAUUAAUGAGUUGAAUAACUAUUAGUUUUUUAAAGCUUUUGUUUUCGUGUCACAAGAUGUUAUAUCGUGUUUUUUAUUCAUGUUUUUUCUCAAAUACUAUGUCGACACUAUGUCUUGCUUUUUUUA